CUCGCCCAAGGAGGAACUCGCCAGUAAAGUUACUUUGUUGUUUUGUUUUUCUCAAGUUUUUCUGCCUGCGCUUCUCAUUGUUCUCUUUGUUUAGAAUUUGUUUAUGCACUCUAGUUAAAUAUGUACACUGUACACUGACCCAAUCAGCACUUUUUUUGUAUAUUUUUAGCUGCGCAUAAUGUUGUUAAGUUGAACUGUAAACACAAUAAUUAAUUUAUUCCACAUGCGUAUGCGUCAAAUAUCUUUUUUGUCGGACACGGAGAAAAAUAUGUCAAAAUUAUUUUGGUCCAGUUUGUUCACACUUGCCGCAGCAGCUGCUUUUUCACUUAAGCGUUACUUUGGAGGCAUGAAUUGCCGGUGCAACCAAAGAUUGGACUGCAAAGCUGUUGUUAUCACAGGUGCUACAAGUGGAAUCGGGAAAGCUUUAGCUCUGGAAGUAGCUAAAAGAGGCGCCCAAGUAAUUUUGGCCUGUCGAGACAUGAAAGCUGCAUGGGCUGUGGUUGACGAAAUAACCAAAGAAACUCAUAACGAAGGGGUUUAUGCUCUGCCUCUCGACCUCACAAAUUUCAAGAGCAUCAACGAGUUCUGCGGCCUUCUUUCAGAAUGUGAAUUUGAUAUUUACUCGCUUGUAAAUAAUGCUGCGGUUUUUUACCUUCCUCUGCAAACAACUGCUGAUGGGUUUGAUGUCACUUUCCAAACAAAUUACUUGGGACCGUUUCUUUUGACGCUGAAAAUGCUACCGAGUAUGGCCAAGAACGGGCGAAUUGUAAAUGUCUCUUCUGAGGCCCACAAACUUUGCUCAAGUUUAGACAUCCCCAAGCAGGCUGGUCUGUUUGAAGUUUAUGGCCACUCGAAAGCCUGCUUGAAUCUCUUGACGCUCAAACUGGCGUCAACCGUUGAUGGUGUGUCCGCAGUCAAUGUUGAUCCUGGAAAUGUGGAGACGAAGAUUUUUCGGAACUUCCCUUUGCUGAGUAACCCUCUGCUCAAGAUUUUGUUGUGGCCCAUCAGAUUUCUGACUGUCAAAAGACCUGUCCAGGGGGCGCAGAGUGUUCUCCAUGCAAUUAUUUGUCCUCAGCCUGCUAAUGGAUGUUAUAUCAGAGAUUGUAAAGAAGAGUGGCCAAGUGAUUUUUGCAUGAACGAUACCAAUGCUGAUGCUCUUUGGCAUCGCAGUUUGCAGUGGACAAAGAUGACGGAGGAAUAUGUUUUGCAGACAAAUGAAUAUUCUUCUGUUUAAAGGUUAGAUGAUCAAAAUUUUCUAUAACUUAGGGUGCUCUCUGCAUAUUUAUUACGCAGUAAGAUAUAUUAUUCUGUCUGUGAUUUGAAAGACUUCUCUUUUUGUAUAUUAAUAUUGAAUCGUGUUUGUUUCUUACGUUUAGAAAAAAAAUAAUCAAAGUAAUUUAACUAUUUCACAUAA